GUGAAGCGACCGCCAGCGCGGAAACCUGGUCUGGGACAAGAUGGAGAUGAAGCCGCACUGACCUGACCCGGACACGGGGUGGGAGACACAGAGGAGUGAGUGUGUGUGUGGAGGGAGUGAUCACAGAUGGUCCUCCAGGCGGGGUGAGCCGAGUCUGCGCCUGAGGGAGAGGGAGACGUGAAGCGGAGCCGGACCCGGAGUUUAGGAGCCGUUGCUGUGGACAGAGAGACGUGGACAUGAGCGGCUAUUGAGGCCAGGCAGGGUGCCGGUGAGCCCCCCCACCCCCAUCUGCUCGGUGUGUGGGCUGAGCUUCGAGCGGCUGAGCUUCGAUGGAGGACCACAUGACGGGACACAACAAGGAGAAGCGUCAUGAGUGCGACGUGUGUGGCAAGGCCUGGCGGAAGCCGUACCUGCUGGAGAUCCACCGGCGGGAGCACACGGGAGAACGCCCCUUCGACUGCUCAGAGUGCGGCAAGAGCUUCACCAGCUCCAGCCACCUGCUGCAGCACAACCGUGUGCACUCCGGCGAGAGGCCCUUCACCUGCUCCGACUGCGGCAAAAGCUUCAAGACGGGAAAUCACCUGAAGAAGCACCAGCGGGUGCACACGGGGGAGAAGCCCUAUUGCUGCUCCACCUGCGGCAAGGGCUUUGCCCAGUCGUCGGCGCUGUGGGAUCACCAGCUGGUGCACAGCAGUGAGCGGCCCUUCACCUGCUCCGACUGCGGCAAAGACUUCAAGUCGUCCAAGCACCUGAAGAGGCACAGGCGCCUGCACGCCAGCGAGCGCCCCUACACCUGCAGUGACUGUGGCAAAGGCUUCACCCAGUCCAACAACCUGCUGUCCCACCGGCGCACCCACACCGACGAGCGCCCCUACAUCUGCGCCCAGUGCGGCAAGGGCUUCACCCGCUCUGAAAGCCUGCUGGAGCACCAGCGCACCCACACUGGCGAGCGCCCCUUCACCUGCACCCAGUGUGGCAAGGGCUUCACCCAGUCCAGUCACCUGCUGGUGCACCAGCGCACCCACACCGGCGAGCGCCCCUACACCUGCGCCCAGUGCGGCAAGGGCUUCACCCGCUCCGGCAACCUGCUGGUGCACCAGCGCACCCACACCGGCGAGCGCCCCUACACCUGCGCCCAGUGCGGCAAGGGCUUCACCAGCUCCAGCAGCCUGCUGGAGCACCAGCGCACCCACACCGGCGAGCGUCCCUACACCUGCACCCAGUGUGGCAAGGGCUUCACCCGCUCCGGCAACCUGCUGGUGCACCAGCGCACCCACACCGGCGAGCGUCCCUACACCUGCGCCCAGUGCGGCAAGGGCUUCACCAGCUCCUUCAGGCUGCUGUCCCACCAGCGGCUGCAUGCCGGCGACCGUCCCUUCCCCAGCCCGGUGUGUGGAGAGCACUUUGCCAUGGCCUCCCACGCCCUGUCUCACUAGAGCGUGCACACCAGUGGUCAGCUCUACGACUGCCCGUACUGUGGUGAGGAGUUUGACAGCUCGCGGGGGUUGCGGCAGCACCGGCGGACCCACGCCGGCGAGCAGCUGCUCCCACUGUGACAAGAGGGCAUGGGGGCUGCGGGAGCACCAGCGGUUACACACUGAGAGAGACCCUUUGCGCUGAGUGUGGCAAAGGUUUCAUCCACAUGUCCAGCCUGUGGCAGCACCGGCGUACCCACAGCGGUGAGCGUCCCUUCCCCUGCCCGUUCAGUGCUAAGGGCUUUACCCGCCUUCACCGCCUGCUGGAGCACCGGCGAGUCCACACCGGCCAGCGCCCCUUCACCUGCCCGCUCUGUGGCAAGGCCUUUGCCCGCUCCUCCAGCCUGCUGGCACCCUGCCACGUGGAUAGAUAGGCGCUGCUUAGGCAGACACAAAAUGCUGUAAGGAAUGGAUAAUGUUUCGGGUCGAUACCCUCUUCAGUCUUGACCAGAAAUGUCACCCAUUCCUUCUAUCCAGAGAUGCUGCCUGUCCCACUGAGUUACUCGAGCAUUUUAUGUCCUUUUUUGUAAAUCAGUAUCUGAAGUUCCUUGUUUUUAAGCCAUUCUGUUUAACCAUCUCUGCACCUUCCCCAAAGCCUCCACAUCAGUCCUUUAAUGGACCAGAACUGUAUGCAAUACUCCAAAUGCGACCUGACUAAUCUAUCUAUCUAUCUAUUAAUAUAUAAAACUCAAAUCCAUCCGACGUCCGCCUGCAGUACGUAUCCCUUCCUGCCUUUUGAUUCGUUGACGGCUGCUCCUUCCUAUCAGCUUCCAACACACUUCGAAACAAAGUUGCAAGACAGGAACACUGAACUUUUCACUGCUGCAGCAGGCAGGGGAGGUGCCAUUGAGGGAGGCAGGGGAGUGUUGGAAACUUACAUUUGGGAACGGGCUCAGUUCCAUUGGAGGAGACGGGUGCAUGGUGGGAUAUUGGGUUGGGGGAUCACACCAUUGGGGGAGCAGACCCAACGGGUCUGCACUUGGUCUAGUUAAAUAAUAAAACUCUUGUGCCAUCCGA